GGAGGUUAACUCACAAAAAAAUACCAUUACAAAACUUGCAAGAAUCUCUCUACUUCUCUCUCUCUCUCUCUCUCCACUCGUAAACCCUAAAGAAGCAAAUGGAGAACAAGGGAGGUUGGACGGUGGCUGACGCCGUGGACUACAAGGGUCGCCCCGCCGAGAAAUCCAAGACCGGUGGUUGGAUCCCUGCCGCUCUCAUCCUCGGAAUAGAGAUAGUGGAGAGGCUGUCGACGAUGGGAAUCGCAGUGAAUUUGGUGACAUAUCUGAUGGAGACAAUGCAUCUGCCGAGCUCAACCUCUGCAAACAUUGUCACCGACUUCAUGGGAACUUCCUUCCUCCUCUCCUUGCUCGGCGGCUUCCUCGCCGAUUCCUUCCUCGGCCGCUUCAAAACCAUCGCCGCUUUCGCCGUCGUCCAAAUGCUGGGAACUGGUUCACUGGCAUUAGCGACCAAGUUGCCCGGACUACGUCCUCCGCCGUGCCACCACGGCGAACACUGCAAUCCCGCAAGCGGUUUCCAGAUGACAAUUCUCUAUAUAGCGCUUUACCUCAUAGCCCUCGGGACCGGCGGCCUCAAGUCCAGCGUCUCUGGAUUCGGAUCCGACCAAUUCGACGAGAAAGAUCCCAAGGAAAAGUCUCAAAUGGCUUAUUUCUUCAACAGGUUUUUCUUCUUCAUAAGCAUGGGAACAUUGAUGGCUGUUACAGUGCUUGUGUACAUGCAAGACGAGGUGGGGAGAAGCUGGGCUUAUGGCAUUUGCACCGUGUCUAUGGUCGUAGCCAUUGUAUUGUUCUUGUCCGGGACUAAAAGGUACCGAUACAAGAAGAGCCGAGGAAGUCCGGUCGUGCAGAUUUUACAGGUUCUGGCCGUUGCCGCGAGAAAGAGAAAGAUGGAUUUGCCUCAAAGCAUUGCUUACCUAUACGAGGAUUCUUCCGAGGGUUUGCGGGUCGAUCAUACUGACCAGUUUCGCUUGUUGGACAAGGCAGCCAUAGUUGCGGAAGGGGAUUUCGAUCAGAACCUCGAUGGUACUGCAGUUCCUAAUCCAUGGAGGCUAUGCUCAGUCACGAAAAUCGAAGAAGUGAAAAUGAUGGUCAGGCUCUUGCCGAUUUGGGCAACUACCAUAAUCUUUUGGACAACGUACGCGCAAAUGAUUACAUUCUCCGUCGAACAAGCGUCGACCAUGGAACGUACCAUCGGAACCUUCGUGAUUCCAGCAGGUUCCCUCACGGUUUUCUUCGUCGCGGCCAUUCUCGUCACUCUCGCGGUCUAUGACCGUGCCAUAAUGCCUCUGUGGAAGAAAUGGAAAGGCAAACCAGGUUUUUCAAACUUACAAAGAAUGGCAAUUGGAUUAGUCAUGUCCACCGUUGGAAUGGCGGCUGCGGCUCUAGCAGAGCAAAAACGUCUCUCGGUUGCGAAAUCUGUCACUCAUAACUAUAAUAAAACGCUACCGAUCAGCGUGUUCUUCCUCGUGCCUCAGUUCUUUCUCGUAGGAUCGGGCGAAGCGUUUAUAUACACCGGCCAACUCGAUUUCUUCCUCACCCAGUCUCCCAAAGGAAUGAAGACGAUGAGCACCGGGCUUUUCUUGACGACGUUAUCGUUGGGGUUCUUCGUGAGCAGCUUCUUGGUGUCUGUGGUGAAAAAGGUGACGGGAAGUUCUGGAAAUGGACAGGGAUGGCUGGCCGACAACAUUAACCACGGUCGGCUUGAUUGCUUCUACUGGCUUCUCGCUGUCCUAAGUGGGAUCAACUUCGUGGUCUAUAUGGUGUGCGCCUUGUGGUUCAAGCCACGAAAGGGUAAAGGCGCAUUGGAAAUGGCAGAUGGCAAAGGCUUUUCGGUCGAAGACAACUGCUAACAAAGGCUGUUUUCUUCUAGGUCUUUUGUUUCUUGCGUAUCAAGCAAUCGAGUCGUAUAUUCUCUUUGACGUCAUCCUAUUAUUGCAUUUCUUAAAAAGGAUGAAAAAAGGUUUCUUGUGUCACAAGCAAGUGGGUUGGGUUCAAAUAGGGUUUGUUCUUGCUGUUUUGUCAAUCUUUUCUUCUCGGUUAGGUGUCAACCUUUGUAUUUUGCUCAUACAUUUUUUUUUUGGUCU